AUGUCAACAAACAUAUUUUAUUUCAUUUAUAGUUUAUUCUAUGUCUAUUCGAUUGCAAAUGCGAAGGGAUAUGGCUCGACGGACAUUGUGAUCACGAAAGUCGAAAUCUGUAAAGGACCAAAACGAGUCGACUGUGCUGGUGCAUCGUUCAUAAUGAAAAACAAUUUAAGUCUGACUUAUGAGUUAGAUCUCAAAAGGGACAUCACGCUAUCGGGUGGGAAAAUAGAAGGAUCGUGUGAAGGCAAACCCUUUGUUAAAUAUCAGAUGAAGAACCCUUGCGAUAAUCUAUUUAUUAAAUCUUUAUUCAAGACCUUCGUUAAUAUAUCGGACAGUUGUAUGGUUGCGAAGGGCCAAUACAAAUUCCUUGUGGACGUCGAAAACAUAUCUCAAAAGUACUACAACGGGGUUUACUUUUUCGGGAAUUGGACGUAUAAGUCAGUCUUUUAUGGGAACAGUUGUAACGUUAUAUGCAACGUUAUCGAAUUGAUUAUCACACCGAAAAAGAAAUAUUAA